AUGAAAGAGGAGGAGUGGAAGGGCAGCAACCCUUCCCAAGGCUACUAUGCGUCGCUCCCGUUCUCUCCCAUUCUCAAAGAGAAUGGAUGGUUAUUUGCGUAUCACUUGGAGGCUAAUCUGCUCUGUCCUCUAUUCUCUAUCAUCUAUCUUCCACUCGUCAUAGAAAAUUCAAGGGAUCUGGGUUCAAGGAUUUAUUGUCCUUGUAGAAAGUGCGAAAAUCGUUAUCUCUAUGUAAGAUUAGUUGUGCGCCAGCAUCUUCGUGAUUAUGGUUUCUUUAAGAAGUAUAGGAAAUGGGAUAAACAUGGUGAGCCUAUUCAUUAUGUUCAUCCAGUGGAUGGAAAUCAAAAUGGUAUUGGGUUAGAUUCUUAUAUGGAGGAUGAUAUGACUAGUGAAGAAAACUCAACUAAUCCUAAUGUAGGGGCAAACGAACCUACCAAGAAGUUCUUGAAGCUUCUUGAGGAUGCAAACCUUCCAUUGUAUCCGGGUUCUAAGAGACACACAGCUUUGUCAUAUACAGUUCGUCUUUUGCAAGCGAAGGUGCUCCAUGGAUGGACAGAUAAAUCCUUCAAAACUUUACUUGAGAUAGCAAAAGAAUCUAUGCCUGAAGGUGUGCAACUUCCCAAGUCAUAUUAUGAAGCGCAGAAGUUAACAGAAGAUCUCGGAUUCACUUAUGAAACAGUAGAUGCAUGUCCUAACAGUUGUAUGUUGUUUAGAAAUGAAGACAUAAAUUUGGAUGAAUGCAGAAUAUGCAAGACAUCUCGAUGGAAAGAUAACAAUGGUAGUUCAAAUGAUGUUGCAGCACUUGGGAAACGAAAAGCAGCAAAACAAGCAAGAUAUUUUCCUUUAAAACCAAGGUUACAAAGGUUGUUUAUGUCUUCAAAAACAGCAAAGCUUAUGAGAUGGCAUGGAGAGGAAAGAACCGAUGAUGGUGUGUUUAGGCAUCCUGCAGACUCUCUUGCAUGGAAAGAUUUUGACCAAAAACACACAAAUUUUUCAGGAGACAUUCGCAAUGUAAGGCUUGGGUUAGCAUCUGAUGGAUUCAACCCAUUUAGGUUUAUGAAUAUAGUUCAUAGUACCUGGCCUAUCAUAUUGGUUCCCUACAAUUUACCACCUAUGAUGUGCAUGAAGCAACCCUUUAUAUUUCUAUCUGUUCUUAUUGAUGGUCCUAAGGCACCCGGUGAUAAAAUUGAUGUCUACAUGCAGCCACUUAUUGAAGAAUUGAAGGAACUGUAUGAAGAUGGUGUAGAAACAUUUGAUGCAUUCAACAAUGAAAUGUUUAAAAUGCAUGCUGCAUUGUUGUGGACGAUUAAUGACUUUCCUGCCUAUGCCAACUUGUCGGGGUGGAGUACAAAAGGUGAAUUUGCUUGCCCAUCAUGCAACUCUGAAAGUGGUUACCAGCGGUUGAAGUUUGGUAAAAAAGCUUCAUACAUGACUCAUCGGCGGUGGUUACCCUAUGAUCACAAGUAUCGAGCAAAUUCAAGGUCAUUGAAUGGCAAUACAGAAUAUAGAAGGAAGCCUAAAACUUUAUCUGGUGCUGAUCUUCUUGCACAAUUGGAAUCAAAUGGUGUUCUUACAGAGUACAAGCGGGAAGAUCUAGAGCGAAGGAAGGUGCUUGGGGUGCAAAAACCUGAUAAUGAUCCUUUGAUGAAAAAGAAGCACAAUUGGAAGAAGAAAAGUAUAUUUUAUGAGCUUCCAUAUUGGAAAGACAACCUGAUACGUCACAACCUUGACGUGAUGCAUAUAGAAAAGAACAUUUGUGAUAAUGUUCUUUUCUCAAUAUUAGGAGUUGCUGGAAAGUCUAAGGACAACUUGAAUUCUCGUCGUGAUCUGGAACUUAUGGGAAUUAGGGAGCAGUAUCAUCUAAAGAGGAGAGAGUCCGGUACAGAGUAUGCUGAUCCAGCUGAGUUUGAGAUGAACAAUAAGGGGAAAGACAUGUUCUUUUCAGCCUUAUCAGGAUCACGAAUGCCAGAUGGAGCUACUUCCAAUAUUGCACGUCGUUUAUGCUCAAUGGAUAAUUGUGCAGCAGAUAUAGAAAAGGCUCGUGCUCGUAUAGUGCUGACACUUUGUGAACUUAAGAAGAUAUUUCCGCCAUCAUUCUUUGAUAUAAUGGAGCAUUUACCAAUUCAUUUAGCUGAUGAAGCAUUAAUUGCUGGUGCUGUAAUUUUUCGGUGGAUGUAUCCUAUUGAGAGGUAUCUACUGACCUUGAAGGAAUAUGUGCGGAAUCGGGCUUGUCCUGAAGCAUCAAUGGCUAAAGGUUAUUUGAUGGAAGAGUGCAUGAACUUCUGUACUCAGUAUCUCAAUGAUGUGGAAAGCAAGUUUAAUAGACCAGCAAGGAAAAAAAAUGAUGACGAUAUAAACAAGGGAAAAGACUUUGUUAUCAAUUUGCAAAGAACAAGUUCUGUAUUGUUAUCAGAAGAAGUUAUUGCUAUGUCUAAUUCUCCUAGUCCAUCAGCAAAGAGAUUGACUUCUUACAAUGCGAAUGAGUUUUUCUUUCAAGUGAAAAGUCUUGAUAAUCAUCGCUCAACACAGAAUAGUGGUGUAACUUUACAAGCAGACAAGAAUCUUUCUAUUGACUCCUCACCAUACUAUGGGAGAUUGACAGAUAUUAUCAAAAUCUCUUAUCGUAUUGAUAUCAAAUAUGUUUUGUUUAAGUGUGAUUGGGUUAAUCCUGCUACAGGUAUAAAGUUAGACCAUUUUAACUUUCCUUUAGUUAACUUCAAGCGUUUGUUGUACAAAAAUGAUUGCAUAGGGGAUGAACCCUUCAUAUUGGCAUCUCAAGCUCAUCAAGUUUGGUAUGCUCUAGAUCCUUCAGGGCAAGAAUGGCUGAAUGUUGUUGACAUGCCUUCAAGAGACUUAUCCCUUGUGCAAACUAACAAUACUGAAGAAGCUAGUAUUUCAAGCGAGUCAAUGGAUGUUGAAAUGGAUGAUUGA